AUGCAAACCCAAAAAGCAAGAAGCUUCAAAACUCUGUGUGAGCAGACUAUCACAUGCACCUCUAGAAUCCCAACCUUCAUUUCAUCUCCUAUUCUCCCUCCUAUGGGCAAUAUGCUAAGUGUGGCGGCCACGUUGGUGACUCCAGUUUCAAACAUGCUCAACAAGCUGCACGGCCAGCCGGAAAGCUAUGACAAGAAAUCGAGAUAUCGGUUCGGUCGAACGCUCGGUGCAGGUACAUAUGGUAUCGUCAGAGAGGCAGAUGGACCAGCUGGGAAGGUUGCCGUGAAGAUUAUCCUGAAGAAGAAUGUCAAGGGAAACGAGCAGAUGGUGUACGAUGAACUCGAGAUGUUGCAGCGGAUGAAGCACCCACAUAUCGUCAAGUUCGUGGAUUGGUUCGAAUCGAGAGACAAAUACUACAUUGUCACACAACUUGCUACGGGAGGAGAACUGUUUGACCGUAUCUGCGAGCAGGGGAGGUUCACAGAGAAGGAUGCUUCGCAGACCAUUCGACAAGUUCUAGAAGCCGUCGACUACCUGCACGACAAUAAUGUCGUCCAUAGGGAUCUCAAACCUGAGAACCUCCUAUAUCUUACCAGCGAGCCAGCAUCCGAUCUUGUCCUUGCCGAUUUCGGAAUUGCAAAGAUGCUGGAUUCAAAAGACGAAGUUCUUACAACAAUGGCUGGAUCGUUUGGUUAUGCCGCUCCCGAGGUUAUGCUGAAGAAAGGCCAUGGAAAGCCAGUAGAUAUGUGGUCGAUGGGAGUCAUCACCUAUACUCUUCUCUGUGGAUAUUCUCCGUUCCGGAGUGAGAACCUUCAAGAUCUUAUCGACGAGUGCAGCAAUGCUAGAGUUGUUUUCCACGAGAGGUACUGGAAAGACGUCAGUGACGAUGCAAAGGACUUUAUUGGACAUCUUUUGCAGCCUGACGCGGAGGACAGAUGGACCAGUAAACAAGCUCUAGAGCACUCGUGGCUCAGCGGCGAGAACGCAACAGACCACAAUUUGCUACCCGAGAUCAAAGCCUAUAUGGCCAAGGCCCGUCUCCGCCGCGGCAUCGAAAUCGUCAAGCUCGCCAACCGCAUCGAAAUGCUCAAGAUGCAAGAAGACGACGAAGAGGGUACCCCAGGCCAGGCCGACGUUCCAGCAGACGCCAAAGCAGCAGCUGGAGCGGCGCUUGCCGGGAACGACGCUGGUCACGGGUUAGGUACGAGCACAUCGGCUGGCAGUGCUCCGGGUGGUAAGAAGAGCUUGAGCAAGAUUGCAAAGGGUGCUAUUUUUAGAGAAGUCGUUCUGGCAAAGGUGAGGGAGAUGAAAGAGCAGGAGCAGGCUGCAAAGAUGGAGAAGGAGGUUACGGCGAAGAGCAAGACCUUCCAGAAAUAG